CUAGUUCUGCAUAGUACUGCAAUGGACACUUAACAACCUGUGACGAUGCGACAAGCGUGUGUGCCUUAUAGCACAUUUUCCAGCAAUGCACGCUUCUGGGCUGAGGAGUGCUGGCGGAUCAAAGAAUUAUGGAACUACGAUAAUGAAUAAUAAGGUCGCGCCCGACGUCGAGCUCGCUGGCGUGUCUGCCGCGCCCGCGCUCACCACGGUUCAGCCUGCUCCUGCUCCAGGGGUAGCAAAUAGUUAUGAAGAAAGUAAUGGGCUGGAGACUAGCGCCAGCGGGCCCAGCGCUGCGAUGUCCAUUGAAGACCAGCUUUUACUCGCUUGCGAGACCGGCGACCUGCAGCUGCUGGAGAGGAUCCUGAAGAAGGUUGAUAAGGAUGCGGUUUUAUCAAUGCGGGACUCCCAAACGUGGCCACUGCUGGCCAUAGCAGCCAGCCGCGGUCACGAGGCGCUGGUUCGCCGGUUGCUGGACCUGGGGUGCCCCGUGGAUGUCACCGACGACUACGGCAGCACACCCCUGUACCGCGCGGUGGGAUUCCGGCAGAACCACGUGGUGAAGCUGCUGCUGGCAGCUGGCGCCGACGUGUGCCACGUCAACAAGGACGGCAACAACGUCAUCCACAACUCGGCCUACGUGUGUAACGACUUCGCGACCAUUGCGGCGCUGCGUGGCGGCGUGGACCCCACGCAGCCCAAUGCAGUCAACCGCAUCAGUCUGUUGGACCUGGUUGAGAACCAGCCGCACUUGGCGCUGGUGUAUCUAGACACCAAGGUCCAGCGGCUGACCAACUACGUGCAGUACUCCAAAAUGCUGUACGACUUCACGGGUCUGGACUACAAGGACACGCACGGCGUGAUGGACAGCCCGCUGGAAGCCAUGGUCGGCAAACCCACGUGCCACUUCCUGCUGUCGCACAUGCUGGUCAAGCAGUACAUGCACUGGCAGUGGCGCCUGUACGGGCGCAAGCACUUUGUGACCAACCUGGUCCAGCACGUCAUCUUCCUGGUGCUCGUGACGUACGUGGCCAUCACGUCAAAGUACGUCAUGCUGGACCCGGGCGGAGAGCUGUACGAGUACCCGUGCUGCUCAGACGGGUCGCAGGUGAUGUUGAGCCUGGUGCGUGCAGCGGCGGAGCUGCUGCUGCUGCCACUGUGUGCCUGGAACAUCUGGGGCGAGUGGCAGGAGUACCGGCGCAGCGGGCACACACAGAUACGUGUGGAGGGCAACGGCGCGAUGAAGCGGGUGUUGCGGCUGGUGUUCCGCCGGGCGGACGACAUCCACCAGACGCAGGCCACGGUGGUGGCCGUGCCCCGCUACUUCUUAGACGUGUGGAACGUCGCUGACCUGGGGGCCCAGCUGCUGAUCAUUGCCCUUGCGGCCGUUCGCGUGGCGGCCCUGGCGGAGAAGCGACCCGUCAUCUCGGACACCGGCGCGAGCUACUGCCUGGCAGUGCUGGUGGUGAUGGUCUGGAUCAAGCUGCUGGGCAUUGCCGGCGUGUUCCGGACUACGGGGCCCAAGCUGCGAGUGCUUCGACGCAUGCUGCUGAACUUGUUAGACUUCUCGGUCCUGUACCUGUUGUUCUUCCUGGCGCUGUCCGUCGCCCUGUUCCUGGUGAUGGGGGGAGAGGUGGACGCCAACGGCGAGGCGGCGGCGGCGCACAGCACCAUGCUAGCCUCAUGCAUGAGCACCUUCCAGAUCACACUGGCCAAUGGCGACUACCAGCUGUACGAGGGCAACGGCUUCGGAGUGGUGUUGUACAUCUCCUGGACCAUCCUGUCCACACUGCUGCUGCUGUCGCUGCUCAUUGCCAUCCUGUCCUACGACUUCCAGACGGGCGUGGAGCUGGCGGAGCAGGAGUGGCUGGUGGUGUACGGCGGCUACCUGCUGCGGCUGCAGCGGCUGAUCGGGGACGAGGUGGUGCAGCGGCUCAAGACAGAGGACCUGGAGAGGUGCCACGCCAUGGGCGGAUUCGCCACGCCCGUGGGAGAGGCCAAGACCAACCUGCCCGCCCUGCACCGCGGCAUUCCCGCCAAGCUGUACAUCAUGUGGGAGGACACCACCGCCUGGCCGCCCGCCUUCCGCAAGCAGAUGGAGCGCGGGGCGGCGGGCUCGCUGCAGGACGACGCCUUGUUCGAGCGCGCGGCGGCGGAGGCGGAGGAGCAGCGCCAGGCGGCGCACGGGGGCCUGGGCCGGGGGCACCACGGCGGCGAGUAGCGGCACGGGGAGAGAGGGCGGGAGGGGGGCGGGGAGAGGAGCGGGCAGAGGAGUGGGUAGGCGGGCGGGGAGAGGAGCCGGCAUGAAGGGCCGAGCUGUCUAUACAAAACGGAGUUUCAUCCUGAGGGGGCGGGGGAGGGAUUGGGGCUGCGGGUGCGCAGGUCGAGGCAGGGGAAGGCCGUGGGUUUGGGUCUUCACCUGCGUCGUGUAUGCGUGGGCUGCUGGGCGGGCGGGCGGGCGGGCGGGCGGGCCGGAGGGUAGUGCAAACAGAACCCAAGCGGUUAUGCCCAAUCGAGGUAUCGUAUGCGAUCGAAGCUAGAGCUGUACGAGCAGAGAUGAUGAUUAUCUAGUGGCACUUUGCGUAUGCGAGCUUAAUGUGUGAUUGUCGACGUAGACACGCUAAGUGGGUCCCAUGAUUUAGGGUGCUGGUCUGCUUAGCGAUGGAAACCUCCGGACCUACCAGCCGAUUUGCAAUGCACGAAAGUGCCAAACUGGUGCAUGCGCCCAGGCCAUUUGCAUGUAUGGCUGUGCCUGGCGGCCAAGUGGGCAGCGAGGGAACAUGUCGAACGAUUGCAUUCGAGGACUAGAAAUUUUGAACGGCUGGGACUGAUGAUUGAACGCAUUGCUAGUCGAAAUGGUGGCUUGUCACGAGGAUUACGACUACACUCUGAUCACGACCACACUCACUCUAGGUGUACGGUCUGUAGCCCAGUUUAGUCCUGUUUAGUCAAAGGGUGUUGCGGAUUGGGGCGUGUAAAAUGCGCCCAAAGAAGCCCCGGGGCCUGGGGGAAAGCUGUCUCAUCCGGACGCGUGCCGGCAUGACGCUGCUGCCGGCACUCAAUGCAGGCGCUCGAACGGAGUAUCGGGCGGGGGGCGGAUUGAGUUCAGGGGGGUCUGGAGUUACUGGUUCGUACUGGUUUUACGGAGGCAGGGUGGGCCUACCGGAGGCGGGCAUGAUUGCGCAGGUGGCUAGCGAUGUGCAAGGAUGCAGCAGCUCCAAACGAUUCCGACUGGGGCUUACAGAUGUAACUAACGCUCUGU